CACCUGUCGUGCAGUGCUUCUACCUCACCAUUCCCAACAUCCUUUGCUCCCAUCAGAUUUACAUUCACUUUCACAUUCAUUGUUUGGGUUUUUUCUGUUUCGUGGUAUCUGUGAAGAGUAAGAAUUUCAGGUUGCAUACUGUAUAUUUUCUCUGAUAGAACCAAAGAACAUUACAGCACAGAAACUGGCCUUUUGGCCCUUCUUGGCUGUGCCGAACCAUUUUUCUGCCUAGUCCCACUGACCUGCACCUGGACCAUAUCCCUCCAUACACCUCUCAUCCAUGUCCUUGUCCAAGUUUUUCGUAAAUGUUAAAAGUGAGCCCGCAUUUACCACUUCAUCCAGCAGCUCAUUCCACACUCCCAACACUCUCUCUGUGAAGAAGCCCCCCCUAAUGUUCCCUUUAAACCCUUCACCCUUAACCCAUGUCCUCCGGUUUUUUUUCUCCCCUAGUUUCAGUGGGAAAAGCCAGUGAUAUGAAAUUGAAACAUCGAACCAUUGAACCAAACUCGCUCUCCACUCCACAUUGACAAAUAUAGUACAGUGCAAAAGUCUCAGGCACCUGGCUAAAUAUAUGUUCUGUAGAGCAGGUUGCUGGCCAACACUCUUUACACAUCCUGUCUCUCAUUCCUAAUCAGACUGGCAGUAAAUGACUGAUCUACACUGCCAGUAAAAUCAGCCCUUCUCCUGUCCUAGUCUACUGAUGUACCAAGGUCAUGAUGUUUGUCAUGGUUUCAUAAUUAAACAUCGGAAACCUACAGAAGCAAGAAAAUUAACAAUGCUUGGGACUUAGACCUAACAAAAUAGACCUUGAUAAGUUCAAAGUUACUAUGGUGGCGGAAGUAGAUACAUUCAUCGGCAUCAUUGUGUGCCAUGUCGUACGAUGUGGGUGAUUGUGAUCUCAUGACCUUGAUUGUUCUUGGCAAGUUUUUCUACAGAAGUGGCUUGUUAUUGCUGCCUUCUGGGCAGUGUCUGCAAGACGGGUGACCUCAGCCAUUGUCGAUACACUUCAGAGAUUGUCUCCCUGGCGUCAGUGGUGGCAUAACCAGGACUUGUGAUCUGCACCAGCUGCUCAUACGACCGUCCACCACCUGCUCCCAUGGCUUCACGUGACCCUGAUCAGGGGGCUAAACAGAAAGAAGAUGGGCUACGCCACUGGGAUCCUUCUGCUUAUCACCGUUGGUAUUAGUGUUGGAGCAGUUAUGCAUCUGACCCGUGGAUGUAAGGCCUGUGAGAUCCAUAAACACACUGCAGUGGCGUCUGAUGCAGCACCGUGUUCUAAAAUUGGCAGGGACGUCCUGAAAUGGAACGGAUCAGUGGUUGAUGCGACCAUCGCAGCUCUGCUCUGCAUUGGGCUGGUGAACGUCCACAGUAUGGGCAUCGGCGGAGGGCUAAUCCUCACUGUCUACAAUGCAUCUACUGGAACUGUUGAAAUUAUCAAUUCAAGAGAAGUGGCUCCAGAGCAAGGAAUUCGCAGCAGCCAAGAAACAGGAGGGCCGUCGAUUGGAGUUCCCGGUGAAAUCCGAGGCUAUGCCCUUGCCCAUCAACGACAUGGCCGGUUGCCGUGGAAACGGUUGUUUGAGCCGUCCAUUAGGCUUGCGAGAAAAGGUUUUCCGGUGGGUAAGAGCCUUGCUGCCGCCCUUGAAGCAAAUAAAAUGCAAAUAGAAGAAAGUGCCUCGCUAUGUGAUGUGUUCUGUAAGAAAAACAGCAACAGAAUUUUGAAUGAAAAUGACCUAAUAUAUUUUCCACAAUUAGCGGAUACACUGCAAACGAUAGCAGAUGAAGGGCCAGACGCUUUUUACGACGGACCUAUUGCUGAGGACAUUGUUCAUUCUGUUAGCCAAUCAGGUGGUCUGAUUUCCCGAAAGGACCUAAAGCAGUACCAGGCGAGAGAGGAGACGCCAAUAAGUGUGAUGUUGGGUGACUACACCUUGUACGUUCCUGGUGCUCCAUCAGGCGGACCCGUCCUCGCCCUCAUUCUGAAAAUCCUCGAAGGAUACCAAUUUUCCAGAGAGAGUAUAUCGUCUCUGGAAAAGAAAGUCUUAACAUACCAUAGAAUAAUGGAAGCUUUCAAAUUUGCGUUUGCUGAGAGAAGCAAGUUGGAGUAUCCGAGCUCCAGUGACCACAAAGAGGCCGUUGAGAUGAUCUCGAAAGCCAAUGAAAUUCGAGGAAUGAUCAAUGAUGGAAAAACCAGUGAAAAAAUUGAUGACUAUGGAAUAAAAUGCCUUUUACCUGGGCAGAGUGGAACAUCUCAUCUUUCUGUGGUAGCUGAGGAUGGCAGUGCUGUGUCAGUUACCAGCACCAUCAAUGGCUAUUUUGGAUCAUUUGUCCGUUCUAAUGUGACUGGAAUAAUAUUCAAUAACCAGAUGGCCGACUUCUCCCUGCAGAACGAGGAUGCGAACAGUCUUCCGCCGUGUUCUCAAAACUACGCUCAACCGGGCAGAAGACCUUUCUCUGCAAUGUCGCCCGCAAUUAUACUCGACAGAGAUAAAAAUGUGAAAAUGGUUGUUGGCGCUUCAGGUAGCUCAAGGAUAAUCACAGCCACUGCUCUGGCCAUAAUAAAUGCCCUUUGGUUUGGUGAUAAUGCCUGUCAGGCUGUCAACAGACCGAGACUCCAUCACCAACUGCUGCCAAACAUCGUUCAGUUUGAGUCUGAGGAACUGGAACAAAACAAAGAAGAGCUCCGUCAGUUUCGAGAGGAAAUGGAGAAUGAAUUAAGGAAGAAAAUGCACUCCACUGGUUUUGCUGAUAUGCCCUCAGUGGUGCAGGCCAUCGUAAGAGAAGGGCGUGUUUGGCAUGCCGUCUCGGAUACCAUGCGCAAAGGUGGUUGCCCUGCAGGAUAUUGAAGUGCUCAGAGGCCUUCUGCACCUCGUUGUGUGAAUUAUUGUAGAAUAUUUUGGUGGAUAUGAAUAGGAUAUUUAUCUGUGAAUUAUUACCACUGUGUGGCUCACUGAAGACCUUAACAUUGUGAACCAAACCAAACCAAACCAUUUUGUUGGAAGCUAGGAAGACCCAUGUUGUGAUGCACCCAGAAGGCUGUAAACUGCAGGACUACAAAGCUAGGGGGUAAUUAGUCUCAACGAAGAUUUCCAACCAUCAGGAGACCAGUGUGCUCCGUUCAAGCUUUUCCAAACCAAUCAUUUACAAUGAUGCUCUCACAUGUUCAGAUGUCCUUGCUCCAAUGGGAGCAAGAAGUUGGAAAAUGAACUGUAAACUGCCUUUAACGAAGACCGUGCUAGCUACGGUACAUUGCAGAGUGUGAACAUAUCAUAUUUAGAUGAGGAUAUUUAGGGCUCAGGUUAAAGCUUAUCAGGAAGGUGUGUGAAAAUUUAAAUGGUGUCAAUGAGUGAGCUAAAUUCUCGUAAUAUUUCUUCUUGAAUAUCUAUGAGGGUAACAAUGAGGGUUCUGUUGGUCUUACAAUGAGGGUUCCGUUGAGUCUUCCAUGAGGUCAUUGAGAGUUACAGUGAGGGUAACAACGAUGGUCCCGUUGAGGGUAUCAAUGGGGUUCCAUUGAUCCUUCAAUUGGUCCAAUGAGGGUUCCAUUGAGGGUUACAAAGAGGGUUCCAUUGGCCCAUUGAGAGUGACAAUGAGGGUUCGAUAGGUCCUUCUGUUGAGGGUUCCAUUAGUCCUUCCAUUGGUCCAUUUUACAAUGAGGAUUCCAAUGGCCCUUCCAUGGGUCCACUGAGGGUUAUAAUGAGGGUCCCAUUGGUCUUUCCACUGGUCCUACUUACAAUGAGGGUUCCAUUAGUCCUUUAACAAAGACCAUGCCAAUGUAGGUUUUCACAAAUAAAACGACACGAGACAUUUUAAGUUUAAGAAAGAACCAUAACAACACAUGUCUUGAACUCCAAAACCUGAACACAAAGAACACUAAAAGUCCUUUAUGUAAUUCCCUCAUCACGUCAGCCCAGCCUCUAAAGUGAACCCCCAACCCAACAUCAGUGUUUGAGAGGUCUAUACAUUGCCACCAGUUACAUUAUCCUACACAAAAUACAAAGUGCUGAAUAAAAGAUGAGAUCACUUAGGGCUCAGAAAACCAUGUGGAAUUUAAGUCCAGAUAUUAAUGUAUGACCUAAAUUCACUUAAUAUUUCUCCUUGAAUAUCUAUGACUACUUACAAUGAGGGGUCCAUUGGUCUCCCAUUUAGAAAUAGCAGAAGUAGCCAUUUGAACCCUCAAAGGGUUUCUGGACUUCUGAUGCCUGGGUCCAUUUCUUCACCACAGGACAAAGUAAUGAAUGUCACCAGUCUUUACGUGGCCAGGACAUUUCAUUCUUUACUUCCCCGAGUCGUUUAAUCGAUGCUCCUUGUUGCCAAGUGAUCAGAUUAAUGAAGAUGCUAUUUUUGAUUCCAAAGGCACAGUUGCGUGCGAAUGAGCAUAAAGAUCUGAUCAGAAGAAUAAUAUUGUCAAUUAAGAUGGGCUGCCUCCAUGAAUAAGCAUCACGGCAAAGUUCACCUGAAUCUUUCACGCAAGUUAUUCCUCUCUCUGCUGACACACGGAAGCAGAGAUCCGUCAAAAGUGGUGGAAUGCAACAUUGGAUGAGUAUGACAGAAAUUUCAGAUUCAUUUGUAUUCUUGCUAUUGAGCAGAAACUAAUUCACUGGAUUUCUCAAAGUAUUUCCGAAGCUUUGACAUUUGGGUCCAUUUCAGCCCCAGCGUAAAGAACUGGCAGCAAUGAGAGGUUUAAUAUUGCCCUUCAGCUUAGCCGCUCUUACGGUGCACCUGUCAGUAUGAAUGUUAACAUUUCUCCUUUGAGCAGUUGACGGACAGCUGUCAUAAGAUAGCAGUUGUCCAUCGUGUCCGACGAUGACAGGGAACCUGUGCGGGAGAGUUUUUAAAGCGGAAAAGCCGUUGCACUGGGGCAGUUCCGCUCUCUCAAUCUCAGACGUCCAAGUCCAGAGGUGCAAACAAGUGUCACAAACUGGGAUCGUCCUUGGCUGCAGUGGAUGACCGCGUACCUCGUCUGUACCUCAUCAUGCCCUUCGCUCUCCACGGAGUGUUGUAGUACCACCAUCCUGGCCAUUGGAUCUCACUGUAGAUCUCAUCUGCCCAGCUGACUUUGCAUGCUAGGACAGGCACGCCCCUACCUCACCAGGAUAUGAGGCCACCAUCUACCCUCACCUGGUUUAGCCCUCCUGUUGAUGCGCUGGGGUGUAGACACUGCUGCAUGCAAACAGCUACUUGGGGCCGGGAAUGUCCUUUCUUAGAUAUGAGAAGAAAAGCAUCCAAUGACAUCAUUGGGCCGGACUUCAACUGAAGCUUGGAAACAAUUGAGAAAUGUGUUUAUCAUUGUCACGUGUACCAGGUACAGUGAAAAAUUUGGUUUUAUCUGCCAUGUGUACAGAUCAUCUUAUCACAUCAGUGUUUUGAGGUAGCAUAAGGGAGAACAGUGCCAAAAAUAUCCGAAAUAGAAGGUCCAUUGAGUUUUAGUUGUACUGCGUGACAGAGAAAGCAAGAGUAGAGAACCUUGAGCCUUCCCAAAGUGGUUCUUCAGAUCCUCCCAAACAACUUAUUGCCUCCUGAUGUCCUAUUCUCACUUCAGUUAGGAGACAGAUGAACCAAAUGAAAUGCAGAAGUUUGUCUUCUGGCUUUCAAAGAUGGAAAUAACAUGAUAUUUGCCAAUUGCUCUUGACUUGCACUCCAUAACAUCCCCUUUUAAAGUUGUUCUUUUGCUCCAUAACAACUCCUUUUGCUGAACAGACGAAUGUUUGCCAAACAACACAAUGAAAUAACUAAGACCGUAUGACAGCUCCAUUGGCAUAUAAUUUUUCGGCCACUAAACAAGAAAAGUGCUUUUUCCAUCAACAAUGUGCAUGCUCAGAUUUGAUUGAAUCAAAUGUUCUGUUAUUCUGUGCUCAGAUUUCUGCUCGACUGCAGUAGGUGUUGGCUAUUAACAAAACACAUCAUUAAAUUGCACAGAUUGAUAUAUGUUGUAAUUGUGGCACACUGUAGUUUAGAAAGGUGGAUAAUGUCUCUUUGUCUACACAUUAAUUUAUGUGCACUCAACAAACUGUUUAAUCAAUUUAGAAUUAACAAUUUUACUUAUUCUUAAUCCAGCAUUCUGUUUUUUUUGUGACAGAUAUAGUUUCUAACAUAGUGGAAAUUAAAGAUGUUUACAAUUUAAAGAAUUUCAAAUAAAAAGUCAAAAUAUUAGAAAUGCACAGCAAGUUGUUCAAGUUAAUAAUUUCUGACCUUAAAAGAAAUCAACUUUUGACAUCUUUCUCAUUGUCUCUUUUAAUUUUAAAUUCUAGAUCUUUAACAUUUUUCCCCAAAUAUAUUUUUCCCCAAAUUUUUCCUUCUCGCGCAGUUUCAAGUUGAAAAGUUCAAAGUUCAAAAAGCUGAGGUGCAAAGGGUCUUGGGAAUCCUCAUGCAGGGUUCCCUAAAGGUUAAUUUACAAGUUGAGUCUGCGGUGAGGAAGGCAAAUGUGAUGUUAGAAUUCAUUUCAAGAGGACUAGAAUAUAAAAGCAAGGAUGUAAUGCUCAGAUUUUAUAAGGCUUUUAUAAGAUUUUAUAAAUGAGGUUUCACUUGGAGUAUUGUGAUCAAUUCUGAGACCCUUAUCUAAGAAAAGAUGUGUUGACGUUAGGGAAGGUUGAACAGCGGUUCACAAAAAUGAUUCUGGGAUUGAAAGGCUUAUCAUAGGAGGAGCAUUUGACGGCCGUGGGCCUGUACUCACUGGAAUUCCGAAGAACGAGAGGUGUCCUCAUGAAAACCUAUCAAAUGUUGAAAGGCCUCGAUAGAGUGGAUGUGGAGAGGAUACUUCCUGUGGUGGGAGAGUCUAGGACCAGAGGACACAGCCUCAGAAUAGAGAUGAGGAGGAAUUUCUUUAGCUAGAGAGUGGUGAAUCUAUGGGGUUCGUUACCACGGGCAGCUGUGGAGGCCAAGUCAUAUUUAAGACAGAGGUUGACAGAUUCUUGAAGGGAUACAGGGAGAAGGCAGGAGAUGAUGAAUGAGAGAGAAAAUGGAUCAGCCAUAAUGAAAUGGUGGUGGAGACUCGGCUGAAUGGCCUGGGUCUGCUCCUGUAUCUUACUGUCUUACAAAUCGAACUUCCCUGGCAAAAUGAAUUUCAAUGCAACUUGAUGCCUGUAGUUAUCAGACUUCUACCACGCAGCACUGCAUUUGCAGAAAUAUUGAUGGCAAAAUCGCCAGUGCCUGACAUCAUCACUCUUUGAAAAGUUCCUCUGUGUUGUGGCAGUAACACAAUAAGAGCAAUUUGCCCAUGUGGAGUAAUGUCAAUUCGUCCUCGCAGAGUAACGUCAAUUCGUCCUUGCGGAAUAACAUCAAUUCGUCCUUGCGGAGUAACGUCAAUUUGUCUUUGCAGAUUAACAGCAAUUUGCCCGUGCAGAGUAACGUCAAUUCGUCCUUGCGGAGUAACGUCAAUUCGUCCUUGCGGAGUAACGUCAAUUCGUCCUUGCAGAUUAACAGCAAUUUGCCCAUGCAGAGUAACGUCAAUUCGUCCUUGCAGAUUAACAGCAAUUUGCCCGUGCAGAAUAACGUCAAUUUGUCUUUGCAGAUUAACAGCAAUUUGCCCAUGCAGAGUAACGUCAAUUCGUCCUUGCAGAUUAACAGCAAUUUGCCUUCACAGAAUUCACAUCAAUACCAAAACAUUUGAGAAAUGGAAUAAAAAUUUGCUUUACGAAACUUAUAUGUAUAAAAAAUAGAAAUUCACAAUGCAUACAGAUAAUUAAACUAGAUCACCAAGAACAAUUGUUGAUUUUGAUUGGUGUUGAUUUGCAGCAGGGACCACUUAAUAGAUUUGCUUUGAAAACAAAUACAAUAGGGUCUUUUCAGAGCCUCUCAGAAAGGAACAUGGAGCUUAAAAAACUAGAGGGCUAUGUGCUAGGGAAAUUCUAGGCAGUUUCUAGAGUGGGUUACAUGGUCAGCACAACAUUGUGGGCUGAAAGGCCUGUAAUCUGCUGUAGAUUUCCACGUUCUAUGUUCUAAUUGACA